AUGCUGCUUUCCAGAAGAGCCUUCGGAAUCUUGAUUUCUGCAAAGAGAUUCCCAUUCCAGGAUACUACAAGGAGACUGAGAAAAAGAAGUAUGGACUUCGCAAGGCCACCAGGAGAAAGAAUAAAGAAGGCAUUCAGUGAAAGAUAUCCUGGAAACAUCAUUGGUGUUGGUCCAAGAAUUCUUUUCUCCUACAAAUAUCUGGAAGCUGAAUGCAAGAAUGCUGCUUUCCAGAAGAGCCUUCGGAAUCUUGAUUUCUGCAAAGAGAUUCCCAUUCCAGGAUACUACAAGGAGACUGAGAAAAAGAAGUAUGGACUUCGCAAGGCCACCACAUACAAAGGAAAACCACAUCCUUCCCAUGUAAUGAUUGAUAAAAGAAAAUAUUUGCAAAGAACGAAAAGCUGCAAAUGUUAUCUUUGUGGUGAAGAAGGCCACUACGCUCGUGAUUGUGAUAAAGAAAAGAAGAAUGUUAAACGAGUGGCUCUAUUCGAAAACAUUGAGGUCCCAGAAGAUUAUGAAGUUGUUUCUGUUCAUCCAGAAGAAGAAGAUUCAGAUGUAUGUAGGUGA